AUGUCGACUCCCAGAGUGAUGCCAAACCCCAGUCAGAUGAGCCCUGACAACUUCGACGCCCUUGACCCUGACUCAUACACCGCAAUUCGACUCAAGCAUGGCUCUCCCGAGCACUUGAAUAUAACCUCUCGCCGUUUCUUCAUCGGACCCAUACCAGAAGGUUGGCUGAACAGCAACCGAAAAUCUUGGUACAAACGAAGACUCGAACUGAGUACCUAUUCUUCCAGAAAAGCUACAUUCAAUGCGGCCGCCUCUAGUGGUCCACACCACAGAACCUUGACAGGGUUCGGUGGCCCCUCCACAGCUGCGCGAAUGAGCUUCAGCUUCCCACAACCAGAAGAUGUCUUUGACCAAACUUCAACUGGGGAAUCCACACCCGAUGCGGACAUAGAGGAUGAUGAGGAUGGUGAUAAUGAAGAGAUCGAGGCAAUAAAUCUAGCUCCUGUGGCGACUGCUGAUCUUGGUGCUACGGUAGAGGACAUCCGUGAGGAGGUUCAAGACGAAAGAGCGCGUAGUACAGCCCCGAGGCCCAUCCCCGGCUUUGACGGAACAAAUGACAGGAAGUUGAGGGCCAGCAAAGACACAGGCUCUCACCAGCCAGAAUCUUUCACCACAGCCCGGGAGCACAUCGUUCCGUCAUCCGACGCAGCGCCCUCUCGUCUUCCUCCACGAGACACCAACUGCCACCUGAAGCAGGAUAGCAGUGACGACCAGGGACCUUCUAACCGAGCGUCUCUGCAACCUUCAGCCCUUACUCAGGAAGAUAUAGAUUCAAAUUCGAGGACCGGGUUGUUGGUGAAUGAGCGAAAAAUACGACCCACAGAUCGAUCUCUCCAGAAACACGAUCCGUCUCCCAUCACCGAUGAAAGGCCAUAUCAGCUCGGGCGUGCUAAUACAGGCGUCAGGUUUAAAGUAACAGAAGGAGUCUACCACGGAAAGCAUCAGAUAACUAACAAAGCAGGAAGAGCGCGAGAUCGUGUUGCGAACAAAAGGCUCCGACGUAAUGUUCUCCGGGAAGGUACUAUCGUUAAGAUGGAGAGAAUGCUGACAAGGAUCGACUUCACCAUACAACAAGUGCCUGAAGACUUUGACGAAAAUGAGAGCAUCAAAUUAGAGACAAGAGUUCUAGAAAAGUGGCGAGAGUUUAUGAUUGUCGCAAGGAAAAGCAAAAGGCACGAGGCUGAUGAUUUCAGACUGCAAAUCUAUAAAACGAGAGUCAUCCCCGAAAUCGACGACGGCUCUACUCAAAAGAGGCCUUCUCACGAAAUCAAAUUGGAUCCGAAAACAGCACGGGUUAAUUUAUACUCUUCGUUGGACAAAACCGUUGUCAUCUGGCAUCCCUACAAGAAGGGUACUAGGAUUUUUGUCAUGAGACCAAGUUCAACUGCUCACUCGGUAGAAUGGUAUACUUUCCUCCGGGACGCUCUUGGUUGGCAACGACCAGCUACUUUGCAGGUCAAUGUCCCAGAUUUGGAUGUGAUAUUGAGACUCGAAAAGCCGUUCGAAGUCAUUGAACUUGCGGCGCAAGGGGCCACCAGUGAGGAAACUGCUAUUGCUCAAACAGUCGCUGCCGAACAAGCAGUUGCCGGUAAAAUAAUAUCACAGUGUAUAGAAAUGCUGGAGGGAGAUCCCGAGUGGUCUAGCGUUCUCAAGACAUGGAGUGAGACGACCAAGAUGGGUCUUGCUUGGAAAAGGUAUGAUCGACUAGAAUGGGUCUAUGGUGCAAAUGAGGACAAGAUGUACGGGUCAAUGGCCAUGCAAAAGUCUCAUGACCUCGAGCUGCGGCCAAAGCAGCAUUACCCAACAUUCGUCUACGGCAAAAAGGGCAAACACCAUGACGAGCCGCCUCCAGUUGAAGGCUUUCUAAUCCGCCUGACUUCUCAAAAAGGGGUCCAACAACGUUUUGGAAAGGCAUUCUUCAAAAGGCUAUAUUUCUCUAGUCACAACCAGUUCUUACUCUUCAAUCGACCGGCCAAAGCGACACCACCCCAUCCGCCAAGGCUAGCGACAAUCGGAGGUCCGGAUGUUCCGUCUGCUCACGAGAUCGUGGAGAAAACACCGCUGAUCUUUGACGUAGAGCCUUACAAGCUACGUGACGGUGCAAUCUCCUGGUUGUCUUCGGGGAACCCGUCAUCCCUAGCGAGCCAUGAUAGAGAGGCUGUCGAGGAAGCCAGGCGGAAUGUGGCCAAUAUCACUGACUCUGAUGGCUUCAUCGAUCUAUGCUAUGUUCGGAAGGUUCGUAAGAUGAAGUGGGGUGCUUCUGCUGCAGACGACACGUUGGAACCCGGUUCGGAUUCUGACGUGGAUUUCCAUGAGGACGUGGAUGGUACCACAGCAGAAGACGGUACAACAAGAGAAAUUGACAAUGACAGAGUCUUCGAAAUCAUGCUCGACAAUGGACUUGUCAUUCGAUUGCAGGCAUAUUCAAAGCAAACUCGUGAUGAGUGGAUUCAAAGAUUAAGAAAGCUGGUCAAAUAUUGGAAACUCCGCAUCAAAGCAGAGAUGGAUACCUUCAAAGCAGUCCGACGCGCUAAUUUAACACAACUUAACGUCGAUGAAGAGAUGGAGGCCGUCAUAGGUCAAUUUGCUAGGAAGUGGGAGGUGAGCCGAAGUGAGGCAAGCCCCGAGCUUUUCAACAUGUGUGGCAUCAGCAGUUGUCGAAGUAUCACGAUGUCAGGGUCAUUAUACCUGAAAACUCGCCGACGAUCGACGUUCCAUCGCUCUCAAGUCAUACUCAGUGGCGGUCAACUGCUCAUCUUUCAAGCAACAGCGAGAAAAAGGACAGGACAGCAAAUACGCCAUAUCCACCAACAGAAGCAACAGGUCAUAGAUCUCAAGGAUUGCUACGUCUACAGUGGUCUAGUUGUGGAGGACGAUCUCUUGUACCAAAACAAGACAUUUGAUGCAAAUCACCCGGGGAUGGCUAGCCUACCGCGCGUAUAUCUCGAGGACGGAUGGACGAGCGCCGAUGUUGAUGUGAUGACUUGCUUUGUGGUUUGGAUGAACAAACGGAAGGGCUGGUUCAGAGCUGCAGCGAAGGCAGAGACUACCACCACAGGAGGAAGCUCCACUGAUGAAGGCAAAUCCAAAGGCAGCAACUUGGCUAGGUUGAAGAGAGUUCGACAGCUUGGAGUUCCUGGUCGUGGAAUGGUCUUUAAAUGCCGAAGCCGCGCUGAACGAGACCACUGGGUCCUCAGCGUGUCCAGUGAGAUCGAGCGUCUUGUCCAGAGGGAAGAGGAGGAGUUGGGCGAGGAGGGCGAAGUCAGAUUUGAUGUGUAG